UUUUGGUAGCUGACCAACAGUGUUGUGCCUGAGAGUUUGGGGCAUGAGCUGGAGAUAAAGCAAACAGUGCAGAGAUUAAAGUAGCAAUAAGGAGAGACAAAGAAACGUAUAGGCUACAGGAGAUGGAGAGAGGGACAGAUAGAUAGAUAGAUAGAUAGAUAGAUAGAUAGAUAGAUAGAUAGAUAGAUGUGAGACUGAAUACAUUUAACAUUAGCCUGGUAUACGCUGCUUAAUGGAACUGAAGGAGGAAAGAGAAGGAACCGUAAACAAGUAGAUUUCAUCUCCAAUAGAAGAGAUCACAUUUUACCGUUGCUCUUUGGAAAACAAAAGUUCUCACCCAGGAAGACAAUUAGGAGUGGUGGAGAUGUCGCGCAGAAAGCAGAGAAAACCUCAGCAGCUCAUUUCUGACUGUGAAAACUCUACCUCUUCAGAGAAUGGAGAUACAGCUGGUGAAGAAGUUCAAGUCUGUAGGAAGUGUUGUGCUCAGUUUGAUGAACCCUCUGACUUUGCCAGACACAAAGAACAUUGCCCUUUUAGCAGCCAGGUUGUGGUGAUAGUUGAUAACCAAGAAGAACUUUUAAAGAAUCAACAGGCCAGUCUCAGUGAGGGAUUUAAUUCAACACCACAAAGCCCUGAGUGCCGAAUGUCUGCACACAAAACACUGGUGAGAGAACAACAUGACAGAGAACCAAGUACAGGCAUAAUUGGUGCAACAACACAAGAUCUGGGCAAGAAAGCAGUAGGCCUGUCUCACAGUUUCCUGUUUCCCAGUGGAAGUUUGAUCAUGGAUGGGCUGUCUGGACCAAAAUUUGGAUUUGCUCCAAUGAAUCAGGAAACUAUUGGUGGAGGACAGGCAGCUGCAGCUCCUAUAAACAUCCCUAUGAUACUGGAAGAGCUUAGAGUUCUGCAACAGAGACAGAUUCAUCAGAUGCAAAUAACAGAGCAAAUCUGUCAACAGGUGCUCAUGUUGGAAUCAAUCACUAUGCCCUCACUGAUUCAAAAUACAUCUCCAUUGGAAAGGAUCGUAGGAAAUAAGUCUCCAUCUGCCUUUAAUCCUCCAAAAAAAUCACAAUAUUUGGCAGAAUCAGCCAAAACAUUUUGUGUAGAUGAUGCCUCUAAGCAGGCUCUUCAUCAUCUCUAUAAUCCUAUGGGACACCCACUCAGUACCAAGACUACUGCAAAUGGGAAGGAAAAGUUGUUGAGUGGGUUCACUGACAAGCCUUCAUCAGGACAAAGUUCUCUUCCAAGCUCACCCCAGAAUCAGCUAUCACCCCAUGCAAUAUUCCCUCCUGGUUUACCUACUUUGCAGACUGGUUUAUUUUUAGGAACACGUGUACUGGAGACUGCCCCAAGCUUAUUAAAGCAAAAGAACAGUGAUUCUUUACAUGAAGAAAGCCAGCAAGAAAGAGCAUCAGGAAGGCACAAAUGUCGUUUUUGUGCAAAGGUCUUUGGUAGUGACAGUGCCCUCCAGAUUCACCUACGUUCUCAUACUGGAGAAAGACCAUAUAAAUGUAAUAUCUGUGGAAACCGUUUUACUACUAGGGGCAAUCUGAAGGUACAUUUUCACAGACAUCGAGAGAAGUACCCUCACAUCCAAAUGAACCCAAAUCCUGUGCCUGAACAUUUGGACUAUGUAUUGACCAGCACUGGUCUACCCUAUGGUAUGUCAGUGCCUCCAGAGAAAGCAGAUGAAGAGGUAAUAGAGAAAAAAACACUAAUACCGCCAGUGUUGGCAACAGACAGUUUAAGUCUUUUCUCUACUUCCAGUAUCCAAGGACUCCCAUCACUUAACAGAAUGGUACUGAUGAAAACUGGGGAUGGCUUGUCUGCAUUAAAAGGUCCCAGUGGCUCUCCUAAGACAAAGAUUGAUGAAAACACUCCUCCUGGAGAAAGGUCAAAUAUUGGAGGUACUGGUGUUAGUGGUAGAGUGCAGCUGAGCAAGCUGGUGACAUCUCUUCCAAGUUGGGCACUGCUAGCUAGCCAUUUUAAAUCUGGAGCAUUGCCAUUUCCUUAUACUGUUGAGCCUUUAGGCUACUCAGAGACUUCAAAACUUCAACAGCUUGUUGAAAAAAUUGAUAAGCAAGCUACUGUACCCAAUCAGUGUGUAAUUUGUCUCAGGGUGCUUAGCUGUCCCAGGGCAUUGAGGCUUCAUUACAAUCAACAUGGUGGGGAAAGACCCUUCAAGUGUAAGAUAUGUGGUCGAGCUUUUUCAACCAAGGGAAACUUAAAAGCCCACUUUGUAGGGCAUAAAUCCAACUUAUCUUCAAAACCUCAGAACUCUUGUCCAAUAUGCCAGAAGAAAUUCACAAAUGCGGUGACACUCCAACAACAUAUAAGAAUGCAUUUAGGGGGUCAGAUUCCUAAUGGGGAACUUACAGAAGUAGGAGAGAGAAAAACAGAAGGACAGCCUGCAAAACUUAAUGCAGAUUUUUCAGAUGAAGUCAGCACUGAUGUUGAUUCAUUAGAAGGCACUGAAUCAGAAAAUGAAAAGACAGCCCUAGUAGAUGCAGAAAUAUCCAGCUUAGACGAUGAUACAGCUGCAGGCUCAACAGACAAAAAAAAUAAUGAAAGUAGUAUCAUACCUUCUUUUGCCAACAUUAAUUCUAUACCAUCUUUAGCUAAAGACACAUCAUCCCCAGAACAAAGUUCAACCACUGAAACCAUUCCACUCCCAACAACAAAUGAACAAUUGAAUUCUGACAAAGAGGAUAAAAUGGAAACAGAGACAAGUUUGAGUCCACAAAACAUGAAUACAAAUGAUUUAGAAGAUGAUAACAACACAAGAAAAAAAGAAGAUCCAAAGGUGACCAACAUAUCAGAGGAAAGUCCACAAGAGAUAGAAGCCCACUUCUGCAACCUCUGUUCUCACAAAUUCUCAACUUAUGUGUUACUAGAGGACCAUGCAAAGUCACAUACCAAAGAUGGACUCUUCCACUGUCUUAUCUGCCAGCAGAGCUUCUUGGAGGUAUCCAUUCUGAAGAAACAUGUCCAGCAUGUACACCAGGUGAGCCAAAACUUCCCUCCUCAGCGGGUCAGCAGCCCCAAAUGCCCAGCUGGUGAUUCACCAACUCUAACCCAAACAUUUCUUCUGAGCUCUGUGAAGAGUGAAGUGGUAAGCCCAUCCCAGAAUUUGGCACUGGUUCAGUUUCCUCGGCUGCAGGUGCCUUCACAGGUCUCUCCUCCUUUGAGACGCAGCCCUAAGCAGCACCUGUGCAUAGUAUGUAAGAAGACAUUCUCUUCAUCCAGUGCUUUACAGAUUCAUGAGCGGAUACACACAGGAGAGAAGCCUUUUAUCUGCAAUAUGUGUGGAAGGGCGUUCACUACACGGGGCAAUUUAAAGGUCCAUAUGAGCACACAUGUGUGGAAUAACGCAUCAUCCAGAAGAGGAAGACGUCUUUCUUUGGAUAACAUUAGCCCUCUCCGGUCAGGAUCUCCAGUAAAGCUGCAGGAUUUCUUAGCUAAAGAUAUACCUGCCCAGCUGGUUGGUGUUAGCCCAAUUUCAUUUUGGAACCAAUAUACUGCAUAUCUUACUAGUGGUCCUCUCCCAACAAAUGGUGGAGCUGCAGCUGUCAUUUCAUCACCUACUUUGAUUGGCUUGAGGACAUCCAAAGUAGGAAAUAUUCCUGUUGGAGGGUUAUUGGAAAUCCAGGAACCAGCAGUAGGCACUGUUGAAGCUCUUCAUGAGAGUCCAAUUAAGGAAGAGAAGUAAAAUGUGCUGAACAAGAAACCACACCUAUAUAAUGUAAUAAUCUUGACACAUUUGACCAAUUCUCAUUGCUCUUAAUAACAAAUCUGGCAUGUGACAUUUUAUUAUUUUUUAAGUUGACAAUGUUUAAUGUGAAAAAGGUCUAAAAAAAGGGAAUACAAGAAAAGAUGCUGUUACCAUUAGCACCACACUGAUAUUGUAAAGCUGAGUUCUGCUGCAAUAACAGCUGUCUAAAGGAGUAAGUAUUUAAUAGGGAUCACAUUUGUGCUCAAUUUAGGACCACUUGAUCCCCCAGGGCGUGCUGCCAUUUGCACUGAGCGUCAGAAGAAAAAUCCAGCCCUCAGUUAAGAGUGCAGUGUCAGGAGGUGCAACCCUAUAUGAUGGGGGCCCUGUCAAAAAGGGAACACUAAGCCCUGCAGUGAUUUGUGAACACCUAGAUGCAGUGUGCAAAGUGCAAAAAAAAUAGCACCUUUUUGCCUUUUUUUGCACUUUGACACUGCAUCUGGGAUUGUAAAUGAGCAACGUCUAUGCAAUAUGUGUGGCAAAAUUAUUGCACUGACUGCUUCACAAAAACACCAUAGCCAUAGUAUAGUGGUAUACUGUACCUGCCACCACCAAACGUGUAAACAUGGUGGUGAUAUAAUAUUACCAUGAGGCUAUUUUUCAUCAAAAGGGACGGGACAUUUUUUUAUUACAAGUUAUUCUACAAGUAAAAUUAGAAAAUUGGUCUGGGGUCUCAUUACUUUCACUAAGGCACUGCAGUAUCUAAUUUAGCUUGACAAUUUUAUUCCUAACUGUGAAGCCACGUUCUCUACCCCCAGUACUACAGAUCUGUACACCAGGAGAAUAUGAGUUUUGCGGAAUUAUGCAAAAGGACUAUUGCCUAAACAGUCUACUAAUUUUUAAUGAAAAAUACGUUUGGAAAAUGCCAGUGUUAAAUACCUCUAAUUAUGAAAAUGUACCCACUUGAGCCACAUGAACUUAUUCCUUUGUGAGGAUCAUUAACUGCAAAUACAUUAAUGAAAAAACACAUGAAGGAAGACAAUGGAUUUUGGGAAGGAGCCAAUUGGCAAUAAACAGGAGUCACCCACAAUAUUCUUUAUUGUGAAAAAGACUAUUUUACAUAGAAAUUAACUUCAGUUUGUUAUGUACUGUGCUUCUCACAAUAGAAACGGAUUUCUUUAUGAAAUCUCAGAUUGUUUCAUUAUUGUUACUUUCAAAUCAGCCUUUUAAGUUGCCAUCUUUUCUGGAAAAAAAAUAACUGCCUUCCUAUAUUUUAUCUUUCUGCCCUCAAUGGUAUCAAUCAUUUUUACCUACCAGUCUGGUAAAAUACCUGCCUGUUAGGGUAAAGACAAAUGCUCAGAUUCAGGGAGAUUUAGUUGCCCAGUGAUAAAUUGCCUAUUCUUCGGGGUGACUAAUCUCCUCAAACUGCCUUCCGUCCGGCUAGAAUCUAAAUCGCCGGCGGGGUGGCACUCGGAGUUCUUCAUUAUCCAAAGUUGCUCGAAGUUUCCUCGUAAGGCAACUUCGGGCGACUUCAGAAAACGAAGCAAACAAUUGCCAUCCCGCCGACGAGUUACAUUCUAUCUGGCAGGAGGCAGUUCAGGAAGAUUAGCCGCCCCCUGAAAAAGAGUAGAUUUGUUGCUGGGCGACUAAUCUCCCUGAAUCUGAGCGUGUGUCUCUGGCCUUAGGGAGAAACCUGUUUUAAUGUUAUUUUCCAUGUUACUGUAAUAGCACACUGUUUCAUUUCUAUAGUUGUUCUCCCAUAUUAACAACCUUAUGCACUGUAUCACUUUCAUUUUUUUCCUUUCCUUCAGUUAUAAUUCAGUGUAUAUAGCAAUAGCAAUUUAGAUACCCAUGGAAAGCACAGUAUUCACCCACCAGGGACAGAAAAUUGUCUAACCUUGUAUGCAAUGUAAUAGGGAAACAUACCACCAAGUUCAUCCAAUUGAAACAAUUUAUUUCUUGGAAAACCACUCCACGAUUUAGCUUGCAAGGACCCUUUAUUAGUGGGUCAUGGUCCAGUAUAUUGGGCUGUGGUAGGAUAAAACAAAACCUUGAGACUGUAUCUUAUUGCUAAAAUAUCAUGUAUUUUAAUUGAAUAAAUGUGAGAUAAACCAA